ACAGACUACGAAUCCGGAUUCUAAUUUUUGGUUUGAAAAUUGUUUUGAUAAUUGAUAUUGUUUUGUACGAAUUUGUGAAAGUCUAACAAGAAAUUAUCCAAUUAAAUGCAGUCCCAAUGUUAUUAAUGUAAUUUUGAGAUGGAUCAUGGCCACUAAAAGAGAUGAGCUAAAGGUGUAUUGGAAUAAAAUUAACUAUGCUUAUCCCAUUCUCAAUGAUGCGCUUUUUACUGACUGUUCGGACGCCGAAUAUGAAGAAAUACAGCAAAUAAUAGUCGGUUUGGGUGUUCAGAUCAAGAUUCGGGAUCUCAUUUUAGUACACACUGAGAAAUAUUUGCGUCAACAUGUCGCUCCGUCGUUUUGGUCGAAGUUUACAAAAACUGAUGAAGAAAUCAAAGGAUUUCAACUGUUCAAGACGGCGGUCAACGAGCUAUACGAAGCAAUGUCGAGCUUUACACCCAUGAUGACCAGACUUAGGAUUUUAAUUAAGAGCUGCUGCGAUAACAAACCAAUCUAUGGGGAACGAGAAGUCAUGUCUGGUUUCAAGCAACUUCUCCGCGCCACUCUGCUGUCACAACUGCCGCUCGAUUUUCAAGUUAUAAUCAAUCAUUUUUAUAAAGUAUCAUUCAACGUGUUUGAUAAUGCAGAACAUCAAAACUCUGACAUGGGCGAGGAUGAGACGUGUUCAGGCUGUCAGAACGAGUAUUCAGAUUGUAACUGCGCCUAUAUUGUAAAAAUAUUUCAUAGCACAAAUAGUAAGCUCGUGGAACUCACACUUCUCGAAAGACUAACAGGACAAGUGCUAACUAAUUUUAUACAACAAAGAAUCGAACAGCACAUCAAAAAACUUUGCAAUGGCACAUUUGAUGUUUCUCACAUAGGUUUUCUUGAGAACUGGUUGGACACAACUGUUAUGUCAUGGCUCACACGAAUCUACUGCGCUGGAUCUUCGAAAGCAACUAGUGUAGAUAAAAAUAUACUACACGCUGUAGCAGAGUUCAAACAGAAACUAAGUUACUACUUGUAUCACAAUUAUACAAAAUUACGAAUUGACCAGUUGUUCAACAUAAUAAUAGAGUAUCCGGAUUCUCAACCAGCGGUAGAUGAUAUAAAGUUAUGCUUGGAUAAAACGGACCUACGUGCUACGCUGUGUAAGAAAUUACAGAAUGCGUUGGAGACUAGAUUGUUGCAUCCUGGUGUAAAUACUCCUGACAUUUUGACAGCGUACAUUUCUGCUAUAAGAGCAUUAAGGCACCUUGAUCCUUCAGGUGUCAUUUUAGAAACAGUAACAAAGCCUGUUCGAAAUUAUUUGCGUAACAGGGAGGAUACAGUGAGGAGUGUUGUUAGCAGCUUAACAGAGGAGGGUGCGGGGAGUGAACUGGCAGAAGAAUUAGCUAAAUUUGCUGCAGAAACUGAUGAUGACCAUGAAAAAGAGGAAGAUUGGGAUAAUUGGCUUCCAGAUCCUAAAGAUGCAGAUCCCAAGGUCAACGGUACCGACAGAAAAGCUAAUGACAUCAUAUCCAUGCUUGUAAACGUUUACGGAAGCAAGGAAUUAUUUGUAAAUGAAUACAGAACACUGCUAGCUGACAGACUACUAGCCCAAAGUGUAAUCAACACCGAAAAGGAAAUAAGAUACUUGGAAUUGUUGAAAUUGAGAUUUGGAGAGUCACAGUUACAUUUUUGCGAGGUAAUGUUGAAGGAUGUUUCUGAUUCAAAGAGAAUUAAUGCACUAAUACAACAAGACAAAAACUUUGAAUCAUUGAACAAUAAGUUUGCUUCUAAUGCAAUGAUUCUAUCGGCACAAUUUUGGCCUCCGUUUAAAGACGAAAGCUUAGAAUUGCCUGAAGAAAUCAAACAACAUUUUAAUGCAUACACAAAGUCAUAUGAGGCACUUAAAGGAAACAGAACUUUGAAUUGGAAGCCACAUUUGGGUAAUGUGAACAUAGAAAUUGAGAUUGGAGAGAAAAAGCUCGACUUAACUGUGUCACCGUUCAAUGCAACACUGAUAAUGCAUUUCCAAACCAAACCAGAAUGGUCGCUAGAAGAGCUACAUCAGAUUAUGAAAGUGCCUAUAACUAUUUUGCGAAGGAAAAUUACUUAUUGGCAAUCUUUAGGGAUUAUUUCUGAGAAAAGUACAGACAAUUAUGUUUUAAUAGAGGGUAGUGAUGGCAAUAAGUCUAAUUGUGCGACCAACCAAGUCCAAGAAAUGAUAUGUGAAGAUGAAGAGAGCGAGAGUGUCAUGGCAUCUGCACAUGAUCAAAGAGAAGGGGAAUUACAAGUUUUCUGGUCAUACAUUGUAGGGAUGUUAACUAAUUUGGAUUCCUUACCUUUGGAGCGAAUCCAUCAGAUGUUGAAGAUGUUUGCUUCCCAAGCUCCAGGAACUGAAUGCAGCCUUCAGGAGUUGCGACAGUUUUUAGAUACUAAAGUACGCACACAUCAGCUUGUUUUACAAGCUGGCAUGUAUAAAUUACCUAAGACUUAAUAAAUAUAUAAAUAGUAUUA